AUGAAAACGGCAGAAGAAAGACUUAGGUUUAAAAAUCAUUUUUUCAAAUUAGGACAAGGUAGGUUAAUACCCAGCUCUGAUACUACCUACUGGGAUGCAUUUUGGAAAGAACCAGAGACAUCUAGUGACAUUUAUGAAUUACUUACACCAUAUGACAUAAGAACUAUUCGGGAGCAAAAUAGAGCUAAUUUUGUCUUAAUGAUAAGGGUGUUAAUAUUAAGAUUUACUUAUCUAGCACAGCAUGAAAAUUUCCCUAGUGAAGAUGCACCCAUAUCAGAAUUAUUGAAUUGCAUCCGUUUUUUAACCAAGCUACUACCAUUUUUAUUUGAAUUACCUGAGUAUUCUAGUGAGUUAGAGGAUAUUUUGUUUUGGUCGGAAACAUUUGAUCCAAUGGCAGUGGCCACCAGAUCAUCUUUAGAUAAUAUUCAGACAACAGUAAACGUGCUAGGAGGAGAAGAGAAAAAGGAAACGUCUGGAAAUAAAGAAAACAUUAUCGGUGUGAACUUGGUAAAAUGCUUAGUGGAUUUAUUGUUUAUCAGGUCGUUUACUAUGGAUGUGCCGAAUGGUGGAGAAGGCAGGAGUGGUAGUAAUAGAAUGAUGAGUGUAUGGGAGCCGGGAAUUGGAACAACAGCGAAAUAUCAAACUCCUAAUCUCAUGAUAGAUAGUAAUAGGAUGGAAGUAUUGAAGUUUAUGCUUAUUUUGAUGUCAACAUCCAUCUAUGAGGCGCCAUCUCAAAUUGUAUCUAAAGGAUCAAAAUUUCUUACGUUAUUGGUAGCUGCUACGCCGCGUGUGGAGUUAUUAAUUCUUGUCUGCUCCUUGAUAAACUUGUUGUGCAGAUCUUCUAGAACUCCUACCGAAGAAAAUAUGUUGUUUUACAAUAAUAUUGGGCUUACUGAAAUGAGACAUUUAUGUGUUACAUAUGCAGCCCAGUUAUUGACACUAAUGAUUGUCUACCCAUUACCCCCUCAGCAAAACUUGCAAUUUUUAUAUGAUCUUAACCUUCUUACUACGGCUAAGCCAUUUAAUAUGGCAAGAGUCUAUAUUGGAAAGUUGCGUAAAGAAAACGAACUAUUAUAUUUGGCAACAUAUUUAAUCAAUGUUUUAAGAGCACCAAUGCAAAGCUCCAAGGAGUCUGAAAGUUUAAAAUUUAAUUUGAAUACAGGCAGACAAAAUCAAAUAUCAAUAUGGGCUACUGAGUGUACAAUGUUGUUAUGGGAAUUAUUUCAAUGUAACAAAUCGUUCAGAAUUUUAGUCGGAGAAAGGUACUUACAUGAAUUACUAGUAAUAUUGUUGUACUACGUAUGCACUUAUCAUAAGAAUGUCAAUCAUAAAAAUUCAGUUAGAAUAUUUUCAUAUUUCAUUUUGUACUUGUCCUCAGACUACAAAAUCAUGGAUAAAUUGUUCGAACAGAUGGAUCCUACAUUUUAUGAAUCUUUACCUAAUACGUUUAAAACCAGUCCGGGGCCAGUGACUUAUAGAGAUUUCAUCGUUACUCAAAUAUGCAAGUUAUUGAUUACUAUAACGUCAGUAAGCAACAGCACAAACAAUACAAGGAAUGGACCAAACUUGCUAUUGACUACAUUGGUAGAAAUUUUAUAUAACUUAAUUCCAGUGGUUUCUAGCAAGGACAUAGAAAUGAAGGAUGAUCCAGAGAAGAAAUUAGGUAAUAAUAACCCUAGAGGUGGUCUUUCAUACGCUGCAUGUUCUUCUGUCACACAAUUGAUCUUAAAAUUCUCUAAUCGUCUGUUUUUACUAGAAGCUUCAUUCAAUGCUGAUUUGCUUGCAUUAAUAUUCCGAUCUGUAUGCACAGCCAUAAUUAAAUACCCAAAACCAUCAAGAAUGCUUUUGUUUUCAAUGUUGAAGAAUGAAAAAGUAUAUGACCAAGUUUGGAGCACAAUUUAUAGUUUCAGUACGGAAUACUUCAAUGGGGAAACACUUGUGUUGAACUCUAUAGAAGAUAAUGAAGAUGAGAACAUUAGUCCGUUGCAACAAAUUGAUUCCAAUAGAUCUGAUCAAGUAUCAAUUAAUUCUUCUAUAGAAUCAGAUGCGAAUGAAUCAAUUUUUAUGAAUAGUUUUACAAGUCCAAAGUCGAGGCAUGAUUCAAUUGCAAAUGGACAUAUACCGCCACUGACUCCCGAGUUGGAUCUUAAUUUCUUUGAAGAUGAAUCACAAGCGAUUGAUUCUGCAUUGAGACCCAAACCACCGACAGGUAUGUCUCAGAAAGCGAGGGACAAAUUACCGAAAGAAUCGCCCUUGAAAAGAUCUUGGGGUGGGAAUGAUUCUUUGAGAAUAAUAUUAACUAUAAUUAUUCCUCAUUUGAAGCUAGCCUUGAAAGAGAUUUGGUCCAGUAGAGAAGGUCCUAGCAUCGACAGUUUUUUGUUAGUCAAGUACAUCGAAUCAACUGAUUUCGAUAAAUUAAUUCAGGAGAACAAAGGGCAAUUGAAUUAUGAUUUUUUACCUACAACUCCAUUAGAACCCUUGAAAUUUAAUUGGAGCCACCUCUCUUUAGGCUGGUACAUGUCACUUUUAUUUGGUAAUAUAUAUAAUGCUGGAGAGAACGUCAAGCUAUUUACCGGAAAUAGGAAUAAAAUCAUGAAGAAUUUUUCGUCAACGUUAGUCUCCUUUAGUAAGUUUACUUCAGGCUGGACUGGUUUGAACAAGCAAGCACCAGGGACAGGUAGCGUAUCUAACGAAUCUGAUGUGGUUUCAAAUUGGGUUGAAAGUGCCCUCACCAAUACUAACCCAUGGGCUUACACAUCUAUCAAAUUGUUUAAAAUUGAACCCAUCGCCAAUGAGGGAUUUUUUGGGUCAGCUAAUACAAAAGCAGUCAAUAGCAUUAUGGCUUCUCCUGGUACCCCUGCUGGUGUAAAUGACAUGGCUAAUACUCUAGCAAGAAAAUUCAGUGAUUUCCGUAUACGAAACAAUAGUUCCUCAAGUAUAUCUUCAAUGCAUUCCACCAACUCAAUUAUAAACACUCCCAUUGAUGAACAAGAAGCAUACUUCGGUAAGUAUGUCCCCAGAAAUUCGGUUACUUCAUUGCAUUCUUUAAACACGCUAAACAGGUCAAGAACAAAUACCCCUAGGAACUCUGUCUGCAUGUAA